AUGUCUUUCGAACCCAGUACUCGCUACCAAAAGGCGAUCGAGGCCUUCACCGCCGCACACACCGACGACCCUCGUCCUUCCUCCACUGGCGAACCAUACAACGUCCUCUACCACCGUCGCCUCGCACAUUUCUGUCGCGAGCUGUGUCUCGCCGGGGACAACACUCCCUCCGAGGCGCUCUUGCUCGCGGCGAAUUGUCAGCAUAUCCGAAGAUGGGAGCAUCCGCGUUCCGACUUUUCCGAGGGUCUCGUCGGUUACAAAACCUGGCGGACAAAGACGAAUCGAUGGCACUCGGAGGAGGGGGAGAGGAUCUUGUUGGCUUCUGGGUAUGAUGCGACCGAGGAUGCGGAUCUCAUCGCUCGUUUCAAGGAGUUGGUCACGAAGAAGACUUUGCAGAAAGAUGAUCCUGAGAUGCAACUUUUCGAGGACGCGAUCUGCUGCGUAUUCCUCGAAAACGAGUUCGACGAGUUCAAGGAUCGGUAUGAGGAUAACGAGCAAAAGACGAUCGUAAUCGUGCAGAAGACUUGGGGGAAGAUGGGACCGUUGGGAAGGGGGAUGGCGGUCAAGUUGUUGGAUGGGAUGACGGAGCGGGAGAAGGAGAUUAUCGGGAAGGCGUUGGCGGGAUAG